UUUCAGCUGCUCACUUUGUAAAAACUCAGAAGGACGCUUGAAAAUAUGCCAGGUGGAACACUUUGCCAGGUGCAGAAUAUAUCGACACAUACAACGCGGGAAACAGGGGAGUUGAAAGUUUUGAAAACAACGACAGCUAAUGCCAACGUGCAGCCUGAUGGGAAUAAACAAAGAGAAACAAAAACUGGGAAUCAGAAUGUGAAGAGGAAUUUAUUAGACACUGAAGGGAAGUUGGACGAAACGAAGGUUCUAAAGGCGGAACUUCUACAUCAUAAACCGAACACUAUUGAGGCUGCGGUACAGACCGACGUAAUAGUUGACAUUAAGUUGCCGAAACUAACAGCUGAAGAUCUGAGGUCGCCAGAAGUUAGUGCAAAUUAUUGGCGCCGAUUGGCGGAGCGAUUGUACACUGAAAAUGAACGAGAAGCAAAACUAAAUUUUGAAUUAUCGAUUCGUCUUGCCAAACUGAAUGAAGAAAUUAUGGAGGAAGAGGAAGAUUAUCUGGCACUUAAAAAUUAUAUUUCCACUGAAGGAAAUAUCGAGUAUUUUAGCGGAUCUGAAUUCAACAGAAAUGAGGAAGCUGAAAGAGAUGCAGAUAAAAAUGGCGAUCAUGUUCCGGAAAAUUAUAUUCCAUUAUGAGUGAUAUACAGCACAA